AUGCGGGUGCCAGUGCCAGGGUGGCCGGGAUCCCCCGGCAGCGAGCUGAGGGCGGGCGGCGAGCGGAGACCGGGACGCAAACGCCCCUUUCCCGAACGCGGGGACCGGCUGACACUGCCUGGCCGGGGGCUUUCCGCCGAGAGAGCCAGCAGGGGCUGCGAUACCUCGGGGGCCAAGGCCGCGGCCGCCCCACUGCACGUCCCUGGAGGGACACCUACCGGGAGGGCGAGCAGUAGCGCCGCGGCUCCUGCGGCGGGCGGCGGGAGACGGCGCGGGCUGGCCGCGGAACCGAGCGGAGGCACCGGCGCCGCUGCUCCGAGCCGCGGUCUCCGGCACCGACAGCGGCGGCGGCGCUGCGCCUCCAGUGGUCCGCGCGCCGCAGCCCCUCCUCUCCCACGGGCGGGGCGCGCUGGCGGGGCGGCGCUCCGGGCUCCCCGCCCCCGGCUCGCGCUCGCCCGCCGGGCCAGACAGCUCGGCGGGUGGCGAGUGCUCCCGGGGACACCGGUCAGCCGAGCGCCUCUCUCGGGUCGAGGGGCGAGCGGGGCUCUGGGUGCACAGCUCCCUCGCUGUGCAAGGUUCCCCCCACCCUCCACCUCCUCCCUGGGCUAUCCCCAGGCCCGGACUCCGGAGAGCCCCCUCGUGUCUGGGGAUCACCAGGCGUGGGGACCUGACUUGGCAGCUGCAGGCCUGAGCCGUAGAGGCGCCCCCGCCUACCGGGUCCUGCGGAGGCGGGCUCCGAAGGAGUGGCCGCGGGUGACGCCGGCGCUCGGUCCCGGGGAGAGCGGAUUCCGAAGGCAGCGGCAGCCUGGCGGCCUGCCCUGGCGCUGCCUAGCCCUUGUCCCCGGGCGCCCUUCUGAGGCCGUGAUUUGCUCAGCACUCACGACUUGCGUGUGCCUGCCCCCGGUCCCUGGCCGCCACCUGCAGCGAGAACUUCCCGGGCUCACAGACAGACACACUCGGCUUCUGGGAAAGAAGGAAGGGUUGCUUCGAUCCCCGGGCAAAGCUGAGCCCCGCCAGCCUCAGCUCGCGACCGCCUGCCCGCGCCUGCAACCCUUGCGCACGUCAACCGGCCGUGGCCUGUGUGCCGAGAGCAGAUUAACACGAAGGCAUAUUUGCUGGGAGGGCCGGGGGCAGUUGAAAUAUUUGCACGCACGUUUCUUCCGUAAGCAGGUGCCUGAGGAAAUGCCAGCAUUUCAAGACCCUCUUCAGGGUGGGAAAUCCAGAGAAUAUGGAACUAGUGCAGAAAGGUGCCUGGGGUGCCUGGUGGGCUCUGGGGGUCUGGAUGGGUUGAGGGAGGGGAGAAGUGUCUUCAAUAAAGGGCGCCCACCGCGGCAGCUGAGAUGGCAUUCCCUUGUUCUUCGUGCUGAUAAAAUCCUUAUUUGCUGUGAAAUGGGGCCAAUUAUGUGCACUCUUUCCCAUAUGCAGUUUCUUCGUCUUAUAUUAAGUAAUAGAUGUUACAUGCUGUGCCACGUGGCGAUUUCACCCCAAUUCCUUCCCUGUGAAGACAAGCUCUUAACUACGAGGGGUGGGGUGAGGGGAACUACCAAAGCCUACCUCUCAUGUUUGAAGAAUGCUUGCAUGCUUUUCGCUGUAUUCCACAGUAUCUGUGUUUUAUUCUUUUUAAAAAUAGGUUGUAAAUGUUGUGGAGGGGAAGGACCAUCGCUGUCUCAUUGAUUAAUAGCUACAUGAGUUGUAAUGGCACGACACCUGUGCGUCUGGGGAAAUGGAUGGGUUAAAGAGAGUUGGCUGCUCGGGGCUCAAUCCAGGCAGUUUCUCCACUCUGUGCCUCACAAUGUUUUGAAAACGCAGACUGGCGUAGAUGUGUAAGAAUGAAUAACAGGCUUUGCACUGCUUUAUUGAACUAUGGCAGGGUUAUUGCUCAGAAAAGUGCCGGAGAGCAAAGUAUUGAUGGAGUGUGUAUUCUUGCUGAGGGUUUAAUUCACAAGUCAUGUGUUGGCUAAAAGAAUCUCUGCUCCCCUGAUCCAUCUUUUCUAUCUGUCUCAGAGAAAUACUUGUUCAUGGACUUCUCCAGCCAAGAGAGAUGAUGAUGUUCUUAAAAUGCAAGGCACUAUUAAUGUUAGAAUCCCAUCCCAUGCAAAUGACCUGAGCCUUACAGAAAAUCAGUCUCUACCGACAACUCACACAAUUCACACCUGAUUUUCAUUGUGAUUCUUUAAGUGGGUAUUUUCUUAGGAAGGAUGAGGUGCUACUGUUUCAUUGCAAGAUGCAAUCCCAAGGCAUCAAGAGUGAGAAAAAAGUGAAAUGAGAUGGGGAAGGGUGAUAUUUACCAGCCUAGCAUAUGCUUCACCAAUGCAAAAGAUAACAAUCAGUGGAGAGGCCAUGUAAAGCACCUGUGAACGGGUUCUACAGAAAACUGUGUCCACGAAUAGUUCAUCAAAGGGAAGAGCAAAGAGAAAGCUUGCCUGCAAGCUAUCUCCCAUUGGUCAAAAUUUAUCUCAGUGGUAGGUAGUUCUCCCAGCUUCCAGGUUGAGUCACCUGACAAAUUCCAGGCUCUGCAGCCCAGGCACCUUGGUUAUGCUGCAAACUGCAUUUCCUCCAACCCACUUUCCUCUGUGCUUACAGAUCUGUGUUUGUUCAUAUGAACAAAACUUGGGAGGCGAAAGUGAAGCAGCAGCCAUUCCAUUCUGAAAGUCAUCAUUGGUUAGAAGUGACACUUCUCCACUUCCACCUCCAACAGCCAUGAAGACCUAUGCCUAUAAUAAAUGCCUUAU